AUGACAGAGUAUCCUGAAACAACCAGUGAUUAUGAUUAUAAUGACGAUAUGAACGAAACAGACUCGCAUUCAGAUCAGGGAAAACCACCAGUGAUUCUGGUGCUGGUGAACGUGAUUAUCUUUGUCCUUGGGGUGUGUGGGAACGGACUGGUGAUCUGGAUCGCCGGCUUUAAGAUGAAGAGGACGGUCAACACCACCUGGUACCUCAGCCUGGCCGUGUCCGAUUUCAUCUUCUGUCUCAGCCUCCCUCUCAACAUCUAUUACAUGGCCACCACUCACUGGGUCUUUGGCCUCUUCAUGUGCAAGUUCACCUCCUUCAUCCUGUUCCUCAACAUGUUCAGCAGUAUUCUCCUCCUGGUCAUCAUCAGCGUGGACCGCUGUGUUUCCGUCAUGUUCCCAGUGUGGGCGCAGAACCAUCGCAGUUUACGUCUGGCUUCUGGAAUAGUUGUCCUGGCUUGGAUCAUCUCUGCAGCUUUCAGCUUUCCAUCUAUCGCAUUCCGAGAAAUUCAGGAAUAUGCAAGUCGUACUAUCUGUCACAACAACUACGAUUCCCAUGAGCACCAUGAACUGGUCGCCUUCAGCCGAUUUGUUUUUGGCUUUUUGCUCCCGUUCCUGAUCAUCAUCUCCUGCUACUCCAUCAUCAUCGUCAAACUGCGAGCCAGUCAGAUGGCCAGAUCUUCAAAGCCAUUCCGGGUGAUGACCGCUCUGGUUGCCACAUUCUUCCUGUGCUGGUUCCCAUAUCACACCUUCGUGCUGAUGGAGCUCAACUCCAGCAACCAUCAUCCCGCUCUGGAAACAGGAACAAAAGUCACCAUGACAAUAGCAUCUGCCAAUAGCGUCAUGAAUCCUUUUCUGUACGCUUUCAUGGGGAAGGACUUUAAACACAGAUGUGCCUCCAUUCUCUCUAAGAUUGAACAUGCCAUCGGUGAAGAGGAGAGAAGCAGUAGGAGACCAACCUCUGUCACCCAUACAGGCGACGUUAAGUCCACAUCUUUCUGA